AUGCAAACAACAUGGUCAUCAGCAGACUUUUCAAAAAUUAAACUAUUAGGUCUCUUUGAAGAUAUAUCAAACACAUCUGAAUCUGAUGAAAUUUCUAUACAUUCCCGUGCAAUGUUUAAAGCAGCCAUAUUUCUUUCUCAUCAGUAUAACAUGACAAUUGAUGGACAGUUUUUUGGAUGGCAAAUUAUGCAAACCAGUGGUGAUGUAAUGGAUUGUUUUAGUAGUGUUUGUUCAGCAGUAUCAACAGGAAGCAUCGUCGGUAUUGUUGGUCCAGAGUUGUCAAGAGAAGUUCUUGUUAUUGCUCCUUUUGCCAACAGAAUUGGUAUUCCAGUCAUAUCUUAUGCUGCAACCGAUCCUGAGUUAGCUGAUCGAAAGAUAUAUCCUGCAUUUUAUCGUACAGUUCCUUCCGAUGAUACAGCAGCAUUAUCAAUUGCACAACUAUUCAUUAAGUUUAAUUGGACAUCAUGCAUAAUUAUUUAUCAAAAUGAUGCUUUUGGAUUUGGUGCCGUCAAAGCAAUUACACAGGCAUUUAAUAGAUACGGUUUGAAGGUGAGACGAAGUAUUAUAUUUGAUAUUGCCACAUUAGAAAUUCAAGGUAAUUUACAAACAUAUUUAACUAGUUGUUCAUCACGAAUUGUAAUAUCGUGGGCUCAUCCAAAGUAUGUCUCUUUGAUUCUGCAAUCUGCACUUGAUUCUGAUGUACUCGGUCCACUCUUUACAUGGAUAUUAAGUUCAAGUAUUUCGUUGGAUACGUUCAAUCAAAAGUUUCAUGAAAAAUUAAUUGGAAUGUUUACAAUCCAACCCACAUUAGGAGCAUUUUUGGGCAAACCCAUAAACAAAACUUUGUUAAAUGCAGCAUAUCAAAUAUGGCAACAGUACGAACCCGGAUCGUUUCCUGGAUUGACAAAUGUUAAUGACUAUGCAUUAUUUGCAUUUGAUGCGACUUGGUUAUUAAUUCAGUCAUUGCAACAACUUUGUUCAACAAACACAAACAAUGUUUCUUCCUGUAUAUCGAUUGUCAAUUCUUCAUUCUGUUUUGAUAGUCAUUUUAUCAAUUCUAAUUCUUUCUUCAAUAGAAUCAUCGAUACCAAAUUUCUUGGUGUUUCCGGUCCUUUACAGUUUAGUGCAAAUGUAACAAAUCGAAUAAAUGGCUCAUAUUACGUAGUACAAAGUAUUCAAUAUUCUUCAAAUACCGUGGAUUAUGUAUCUGUAUUGGAAUGGUCUGAUGAUACCAGUUGGAUAGACGUGCAACCAUCGAAUAUGAUUGUGUGGCCAGGUAACUCCGUAGUACCUCCUAGUGGUCUUGCAAGACUUGCCAAUGUAAGCCUACGCAUUGGUGUUAUUGAAUCAAUUCCAUUUACAACUAUAUCAAAUGUCAUAGAUGAACAUGGACAAAAUCAAACAACGUUAAUUGGUUAUGUGCCCGACCUUAUUAAUCUUUUACAAAAUAGGAUGGGAUUUGUUUCUCAGAUUAUAUUAGCACCUUCAAAUCAGACUUACGCCGGAUUGGUCGAUGCAGUCGCAAACGGUGUUUAUGAUAUAGUCGUAGGUGAUGUCACAAUUACUGCUGCACGAAGUGAAAUAGUCGAGUUUUCGAAUUCAAUAUUCGAUAAUUCACUUCGUCUCAUUGUACGAACAAACCAAAUGAGUAAUGUAUAUGUACUUGCCUAUUUGAGACCAUUCUCGACUAAUCUUUGGAUAAUGCUCUUAGCUGCCAGCUUCUUUGCUGGUUUAUUUAUGCGUCUAUUGGAACACUCGGAAAACCUAGAAUUACAACAUAGAUCAUUUCUUUCUUCUGUUGCAAUGAGUUGGUGGUAUUCUAUUGGCACAAUUAUGGGAUAUGGUGCAGAUUUUCGCGUUGCGACAGCGGCCGGGCGUUUAUUGACUGUCGGAUUAUAUCUUCUGAGUUUAGUAUUAGUAGCAAGUUAUACUGCCAAUUUAGCAUCUGAUUUAACAAUAGGAAAGUCACAAAAUAUAAUUUCUGGAAUUGAUGAUAUAAAGAAAGGCAAAAUUCCAUAUAAUCGCAUUGGUAUUGCUGUCGGUACGGCUAUGGAAGACUAUUAUGUGAAAGAAAUUUCUGAAGGUAAUAUGAAUUUUCAUGCAUUAAAUAAUGCCCAAGAUAUAUAUCGCAGUCUAUUACUUGGUACUAUUGAUGUGUCUAUUAUGGAUAGUGGUGUUCUAGAAUAUAUGACAAAUAAUAUAUAUUGUAAUUUAACGCUGGUACCUGGAGAUUUCUGUAGCAGCGCAUUCGGAAUUGUGAUUCCGAAAAAUUGGCUAUAUGACCAAGAUUUAAAUGUCAAUAUAUUAUCGUUAAGAGAAUCAGGUGAUCUUGAUAAUUUAAAAGCAAAAUGGUUUCAAACAAGGAAUUGUCCCGACACAUUCGACACAUCAAAGAGUAUGACAAUUGAACAAAUGAGUGGCUUAUUUCUCACAUUUGCACUCAUUUGUGUUCUAUCAGUGUUAUUAUUUGUAUGGACGAACCGCUAUAAUAUAAAACAUUACCUGUUCAAACCAGCAAGUUGCAAUUCUCCAUUAGACAACCAAGGUGUCUCUAAGGUGAGACACACAUCAGAAGCUCUUAUCUGCUCACAGCAUUAUUAA